CAUCACUUUAAGCAUUCGAUUUUAGUUUGUUAAUAUGGACCGUAGUAUUCGUCCUGACCUUGGAGAUGUGAACAUGGUUUUGUUCGGAAACCGGUUCUCGAGACCUGCGGCAUUAGAACCAUGCAGGUAUUCCUGCAACCCCUGCAGUGCUUCCGAGUGGCUAGUUUACCGCUGUGAAGUGACGAAAUAGUAGUGGACAUGAUGAGUAAAUCGUAUGUCCCAACCUGUAAGUCAACUUCUAUCCACAAUUCUACGGCUCUUACCUAGUCUUCUCAUGGCGAUGAGUAGCAGCCUCAUCACACGAAAGAUAUCACCUCAGUUCUCCUUCUUAGCGGCCCGUGAUAGUGAUAGUGUGAUCAGUCUCGUCCUCUAUAUAUCUACGAUUGUCUUGUGGUAUCUUUUAACAUCUCCAACAACUAUUCAAAUUACCAUUGGGAUAUUAGCAGUUCUAGCUAUCACUACACUAUGUAUUAAAGAUCUAUUCACGAUGUCCAGCCCCAAAGCACCCCGGACGCCGCUCAAGCCUACCGAUAAGGCCAACGGAACUCCUAAAUCUCCAGACUCAAUAAAGAAGAUGACCUCGACACAACCCGAUGCAGGAAAUGUAGUAAAAAGGCGUGUUCCAUCUCAAAAGGUAAAAGCAGACACUACGACGCCAAAUAAUGCAGUUUCUCCGCAGACACCACGGCCAAAGCCGCCCAAGUCAUUGGAAGACCAGCUCCCUCAGACUCCAACCCCUGACCGAAGCUCAAAACGCCAGCCUACAACUGACGCACCGCCUCCCAAAUUUAAAGCUGCCACUUCUGGUCAGGGGGACGCAGCAAAAACAGCUGUUAAGAAAGUGAAAAAAACUUCGCCGCCGGUAGAUGUUGAGACUGCAAAGCGGGACCACGUUGAUGGAACUCAAAGUGAAGUGAAAAGGGUUAAGAAACAGGCGCCACAACCUCUGCAAGAACCAAACCAUUUUCAAAACGAUGUUGAAAAGCGGACGCCAAAGUUCAAGGCACUGGAUCUCGACUUUGGAGAAACACCAAAGUCGGUGAAGAGGAAGAAGCCCGCGCCUCCACCUCCCGAACUAGAACAAGAACCGGAGCGCGAAUAUGAGGCUGUAUCUGAUCAUGAUGAAGUGGAACAUAAAGAUAAUGAAGACGAAGAAAACAAAAAUAACUACCACGAAGAAUCAGGCAAUGAAGAAGAGCCCGAGCUUGGAUAUAGCGAGGAAGAGGGCCAUAAUGAAGCAGGUAGCGAUUGGGAUGGGGAACACGAACCCCACGAUGACGAUAUAGAUGAAGACUACGAAGGGCAUAGCGAAGGGGGACAUGGUUAUGUCACAGAUGGGGAACAGGAUAUGCAAAAUGAGCAUAGCGAUAGCUUUUCAGCACCGUUAGGAAGUACGAACGACGAAGCAAACAACCCUGCUCCUAUCUCCACAAACAACGCGUCAAAGCCAACCAAGGGCAGUAAACACAAGGAACAGAAGAUUACACCUGUAGCUGGCGGCACAACAGGAGAAAAGGUCCCGGGUCUCCUCGAGGAUCUCGUUGCGAAGCCUGAUGCGGUCUUUGGAGACGAUACGGAUACGCUCGAUGUUUCUCAGGUGGAUGUUCGUAAUGGCGAUGGAGAUACGAAGGGAGCGGGUUCGAGUCGUGUAGCGGGAAAUUCUACUGUGCUUCAGAGCGGCGGGGGUGGAGGUAUUGGGAUUACUGCGAAUGGGAUAGAGAUCAAUGUGCAGACGACGAAGGAAGGAACAACUGUAACGAUCAAGAUUCCGGGGGCGUCGCAGCAGUAGGAGGAGAUAAGGUGGUAUUUCAUUCUUAUAGCCUCAUGCUAGAUAUAAGGUAGGUAACUUAUUAAAUAACGAUGAAUUUGAAAAUUCG